AUGAAACGAAAAGCAAAUUCUCUCGGCAAUGACAGUUUAAUGCUCCCACCCGAAGAGUUAAAUCAAACAGAUUCGGAUUCGGAAGACAGCACGAAACGAAGAAAGGUUCAAUCAGAUGACGAAGAAAGUGAUGAGGAAUUAAUGCAAGAAGAAAUGGUUGGUGAAGAAAAUGAAGAUUCAACCAUUGAUAAAAGUAAAUUAGUGGACACAAUAUUGAAAAUAGAAAAUAGAUGCAUCACAAUUUUCACAAAAUCGAACAAGAUUGUGGAAUUAAUGAAUAAUGAACAAACUAGGUCGGAGUAUAGUAUUACCGAGGAAAUGAUAACUCAAUACACAGAUAGAAUUAAAAACAAAUAUCCAGCAGAGGAGUACAUUUCAAAGGAGCCAAUAUCUUAUGAGGAGACUGAUUUGAAUAUUGAUAUUCACUCUGAAUUAUAUCCAGAAAGUUCUAACUUGUCCCUCUACAAACAUCAAAAAGAAGGGAUUGUUUGGUUAUUGAAAAAUUAUUUUGAAAGAAAUAAUGUAAUUUUGGCAGAUGAUAUGGUAUGUUUCCACAUUUGA